AUGGUUCUCUAUAAAGUCGUCUCCUUCUUCAUUCUGUUUCAACCACAGUUGUCGGCGGCAACCUUUAAGGUUUCGCUCGAAAUCGUCAACUUCACAAACCCAUCUGGGAAGUUGUACAGGAAUCAUAACCUUGAACCAUGCGAUAGGGGAGGUAACGGAAAAGGAAAACUUUGGAAUGGACAGUGCGACACUGUCUUUGAUAUCAAUUUGUACACAAGUACUGGCAAUUCAACGAUACUGAAUUUAAAAACCAGAUCAUUGAAAAACACCAACAGUAUCGACUCAGCAAAUAUACGUAAAGUGACCCCAAACACCAAAGUUUCGGGAAACCUGAAUACUUGGAAUCAGAAUGUGAGAAUAGUUGCUGUUGUUUCAGACCAAGACGGCAAUAGAAAGUCAGAACCUAUUGCACGUUUCGAAGCUGUAAGGCGGUUACAGCCCGGUGCGAGCAACUCGUCAAAAUCAGUAUACCCUAUCACCUUUUCCAACAGGACAACACUGCAUAUAGUCAUCAAAGUGUGGAGGAUUGCAUCCAACCUUUGUCCUUCAUCAAAAACAAGAUUCCUUAUGUGUGAUAGGAAUACCGGAACGCUCUCUUGUAAAACUCCUGGUCCAGCUGUAAUACAAUUUAAGUCUUCGGUCACUUCUUCCCAUCGUGGUCACUUCCAGACAGGACUCAGGACAAUUGUGAAAACACAUCUGUGUCCGAGUUCGUUGGUGUACGGAAACACGACUUUGUGGGGAACAAAUGGAGAGAUGUUCCGAAUGUCUUCGUGGCUUUACGAGUCCAGUCCUACACGAAUCCUAAUGGCACGUCCAGAGGAACAGCGGGUAACCGGAAGUGCUGUGAUGGAAAUUCUCAUCAUGGACACUGCAAUUAUGCUGACAAAUGUGACCCAAUAUUUCGCAUCUGUAUUGGAGGAAGUGUCUUGCAGUGUGACAAUGGAGAUGUUAGUGUGGUGCACACCUAACUGGUACGGUAUUAACUGUAGCGUACAUUGUGUAGAAUCUUCCAGGAUACAGUGUAACAAAACGACAGGACAGAAGUAUUGUAAACAAGGUUGGACAGGUUCUAACUGUGCGUCAUGCAGGCGGUCAUUGUGCAAUGACCAUGGAAACUGCACCGUCGACAAAGAGGGACAUCGUAAAUGUAUCUGUCGACAGGGUUGGACAGGACAACAUUGUGAGAACGACGUAAGCGAAUGUCGCAAUAAUCCAUGUCAGCACAAUGGAUUGUGUAGUAACACGAAUGGGUCCUUCACAUGCAAGUGUGAAGACGGCUGGCAUGGGCACACGUGUUCCAAUGACAUCGAUGAAUUAGACAGAUGUCAACCCAAAAAUCCGUGUGAAAAUGGUGGCACGUGUACUAAUACACCCGCAGAUUAUAAAUGUUCCUGUACAGCGGACUGGACAGGUGCAAACUGUUCAAUGGAAGUCAACAAGUGUCAGACCGGUAGAAAUCCUUGUCAGAACGGUGGAAGCUGUCUUAACACGAUAAGUAGCUUUAAGUGUGCCUGUUCGUCCGGAUGGACGGGUCUGACAUGUUCCGAAGAUAUCAACGAAUGUGAAAGUAAUAACAGUAAUCCUUGUAAAAAUGGAGGGACGUGUGUAAACGUUGAAGGUAAUUACACAUGUAGGUGCCCUCGUGCUUGGUCUGGACGUUCAUGCGAACAGGAUGUUGACGAAUGCAAACUAUCAUCGCCAUGUCUCCAUGGCGGAGAGUGCCGCAACUCAAACGGAUCCUUCAGUUGCCUGUGUCCCGGCAGUUGGUCAGGAUAUAGAUGCCAAAUAGACGCCAACGAAUGCUAUAAUACUACAAUAUGUCAAAACGGUGGGACAUGUAGUAAUUAUAUUGGAGGCUUCAACUGUACUUGUAUAUUGGGUUGGACAGGAGACACGUGUGAAAGUGAUAUUAAUGAAUGUCGGCCUCUCAAUCCUUGUUCUAAUGGUGGGAUUUGUCAGAAUACCAAUGGAAGUUUCGUCUGCCAGUGUCAGGGUGGAUGGUCAGGACACACAUGUGAAAGUGAUGUUAAUGAAUGUCGGCCUCUCAAUCCUUGUUCUAAUGGUGGGAUUUGUCAGAAUACCAAUGGAAGUUUCGUCUGCCAGUGUCAGGGUGGAUGGUCGGGAAUACAAUGUGACACGGACAUUGACAAAUGUAUGCAUCUAAAUCCUUGCAGUAAUAAUGGAACAUGUGUUAAUACAAACGGAAGUUACACGUGUCUUUGUAGUCCUCAUUGGACUGGAAGUGCAUGUGAGGAAGAUGUUGACGAAUGUGCUGUCUCCAAUCCUUGCACACAUGGCGGAACCUGUCUAAACAGUAAUGGCAGUUUUUCGUGCGUUUGUCCACAGACAUGGACCGGUGAGCUGUGUAAUUCUGAUGUUGAUGAAUGUAACGCUACAGACCCUUGUCUAAAUGGAGGCGUUUGUUAUAACGUAGAUGGGUCUUACUCGUGUGAGUGCACGGUGGGAUGGUCGGGACAAAACUGCCAAACAGACAAUGAUGAAUGUGAGAUAAGAGGAAUUUGCAACAAUCGCGGUACGUGUCAAAACACAAACGGAAGUUUUGCUUGUCACUGUAUGAACGGCUGGACCGGAAGCAAAUGUCAAAUUGACAUCAACGAAUGCCAGACUAUGUUACCCUGUCUCCACAGCGGCACUUGCUACAACACAAACGGAUCGUUCGACUGCGAAUGUAUCAGUGGUUGGUCCGGAAAAACCUGUGAGAAAGACAUAAAUGAAUGUAAAACCAAGAAAUGGUGUUACCACAAUGGAACAUGCAACAAUAACUUAGGAAGUUUCAGUUGUCAAUGUCAAAGAGGUUGGGAAGGAAAAAGAUGUGAAGUUGACAUUGACGAAUGUACUAUUUCAACCCCGUGUCAUCACAACGGAACAUGUGUUAAUACAAACGGAAGUUACACGUGUCUUUGUAGUCCUCAUUGGACUGGAAGUGCAUGUGAAGAAGAUGUUGACGAAUGUGCUGUCUCCAACCCUUGCACACAUGGCGGAACCUGUCUAAACAGUAAUGGCAGUUUUUCGUGCGUUUGUCCACAGACAUGGACCGGUGAGCUGUGUAAUUCUGAUGUUGAUGAAUGUAACGCUACAGACCCUUGUCUAAAUGGAGGCGUUUGUUAUAACGUAGAUGGGUCUUACUCGUGUGAGUGCACGGUAGGAUGGUCGGGACAAAACUGCCAAACAGACAAUGAUGAAUGUGAGAUAAGUGGAAUUUGCAACAAUCGCGGUACGUGUCAAAACACAAACGGAAGUUUUGCUUGUCACUGUAUGAACGGCUGGACCGGACGCAAAUGUCAAAUUGACAUCAACGAAUGCCAGACUAUGUUACCCUGUCUUCACAGCGGCACUUGCUACAACACAAACGGAUCGUUCGACUGCGAAUGCAUUAGUGGUUGGUCCGGAAAAACCUGUGAGAAAGACAUGGAUGAAUGCCAGGACAUAUAUAUAUGUCAUCACAAUGGGACAUGCCAUAAUACUAACGGAAGCUUUGAGUGUGACUGUCCAAGCCAGUGGUCUGGGGGAAAAUGUGAGGAGGAUGUAGACGAAUGUCAGAAUCUGUCUGUGUGUCAACAUGGUGGAACAUGUUUUAACACCAAUGGAUCCUACAGCUGUGAGUGUAAUUCUGGAUGGUCGGGGAGGAAUUGCGAGAAAGAUAACGAUGAAUGUGCCUUUGCUGAUACAUGUCGACAUGGUGGAUCUUGUCAAAAUACUAAUGGAUCGUUCAAAUGUUUAUGUAGCAGCGGAUGGACAGGAUUAUAUUGUGAGGAUGAUUUAGAUGAAUGUGAACAAAGUCAUGCGUGUAAAAACGGUGGAUUAUGUAACAAUACCGAGGGAUCCUACAUUUGUAUUUGUUUACAUGGAUGGAGUGGGGAACACUGCGAGAACGACAUUGAUGAGUGCAGCACGUUAUCGCCUUGCUUCAAUGGAGGAACAUGCACUAACUCGUUAGGUUCAUAUACAUGUAGUUGUUCUGUCGGAUGGUCAGGGCAUUUUUGUCUUACUGAUGUUAACGAAUGUAUGACAGAUGAACCGUGUCAAAAUAACGGUUUGUGUCAAAACACGAAUGGUUCUUAUACAUGCUCGUGUGAUCUUGGUUGGAAAGGAAAUAAUUGCACGAUUGACGUUGACGAAUGCGCGGUAUAUGGUCAAUGUGGUAAUGGGGGCACCUGUCAUAACCACGAUGGUGGUUAUACAUGCUCGUGUGCACCUGGAUGGACCGGUAAGAACUGCACAGAUGACAUAAACGAAUGCAUCAUUUUCCAUCCAUGUGAUAAUAAUGGAGCAUGUACGAAUAUUGACCAAGGCUACACGUGUUCAUGCACGUCAGGCUGGAAAGGUAGCAACUGUUCGGAGGACGUGGAUGAAUGCAAAUACAAAGCACCUUGUCUGAACAAUGGCACGUGUACAAACACACGAGGACAUUUUCAUUGUCAAUGUCCUCAAGGAUGGUCUGAUGAAGUCUGCUCUUCUGAUGUUGACGAAUGCCUGCUGCCAACAACCUGUUCCAAUAAUGGAACAUGUCAAAAUGUUAAUGGAAGUUACACAUGUACAUGUCAACCAGGUUGGACCGGACACAACUGUUCUGUUGACAUCGAUGAAUGUGAUUUACAUCCAAGCAUAUGCAGGAACGGAAAAUGCAGAAACACUAAUGGUUCGUUUACGUGUAAGUGCUAUGAAGGAUGGACAGGACUAAACUGCUCAGCUGACAUCGAUGAAUGCGCCCAAACAGUAUGCAGAAACAAUGGGUCGUGUGUUAAUGUCCCUGGAAAUUUUUCUUGUUCUUGUCCUAAGGGCUGGCAUGGCCACGUGUGUGACAUUGAUAUCAACGAAUGUUCUAAACAUGUCUGUCUCAAUGGUGGAACUUGUAUGAACUAUCAUGGCGGCUACACUUGUACUUGUACCGAUGGUUGGUAUGGCGACAAUUGUGAAAUAGAAAAUCCUCAUACAACAAAUGACUUACGGAACUCACAUUCCAUGGAAGUAACCGAUUCUAAUCAAAAGACGUCCUCAAGGUCGGCAACUACUUCAUCAUCACAGGUGACAACCAACAAGAAGACUGUCAAACCAUAUUCUGAGACAGCAACGUCUGCAACAUCAGCACAGGGCAUCGUGUUUAAUGCCAGUCUAUCUCCAACCACGACUGAUAGAACUUCGUCGUCUGUGCAAUCCUCAUCGGAGAAGUCAACACACAUUCAUCAGUUUUCGAACUCAACAUCGCAUAAACUUCACGCGGGUAUUUCAACAUCUCAAAAACCAACGCGUUCAAGGUCAACGAUUACAUCUGGUUCAUCACCCAAUGACCCAGUAACCACUACUAGAAGUACUAUAUCCCACCACACAUCCAACACUCAGCAGCAUAGUCAUUCAUCGUCCAGUACAACACUUGCCACCAUCACGGGGACAACAGUCCGACAAUCUCCAAAACCGACUGACGAUGAUAAAGAGUAUGUGUCCCUGACGUUUGUUGGCAGUGGAAACGACACAAUGUUGACGCUAUUCACAGCGGGAGUGAACACUCUGGUUGGACGUAUCUGCCAUCAGGGGGCAUCAGACAUCGGACAGCUUCACUUUACCGGUGGUCAUGCCAGAUGCCACAUAGAGUUUACGGCCACGUGUAAUGGACGACCGCUGAUACAGAAUCAGGUGGACACCACCAUUAACUCAGACGCCGCCAUACAGAGCAUGUUUCCUCUCCCACUUCUUCAUACUGAACCACCGCAAACAGACAAGAUCUGGAUCGUUGACCAUUGGUAUGUAUUGGCUGGAGCUGGAGGUGGCUUCCUCAUCAUCAUUACAAUCAUUAUUCACAAACGGCGCAAACAUAGGAGAAAGUCAACACCUAUGCUAGACGACAAUAUUCGACUGGACAGGCGGACGUCCACAGUAAAGUUAAUGAAUAAUCCAGUGUAUGAAAGUUGUACAACAAGCGCGUAG